CUAUAAAUAGGUGGAGGAAGAUAGACCCUCCUUACCCAAAAAAGAAACAAGGUAAUUUAUCACGAUCAAGAAAGCAUCCAUAAUGGCUGUUCACAAAGAAGUCAGUUUCCUUGCUCACCUACUACUUGUUCUUGGAAUGUUUCUACUUGUAAGCAGCACGGUGGAACAUAUUCAUCCCAAGAAAUGUACCAGAGAAUGUGGUAAUUUUGCCUACGGAAUAUGCCCCCGCUCAGAAGGGAGUCCGAAAAAUCCCAUAUGCACCAACUGUUGUGCAGGCUACAAGGGUUGCCACUAUUACGGUGCUGACGGAACUUUUAUUUGUGAAGGAAAAUCUGACCCUAAAAACCCAAACGCUUGUCCCCGGAAUUGUGAUCCAAAAAUUGCCUAUUCAAAGUGUCCCCUUUCAGAAGGAAAGACGAUAAUUAAACCCACUGGAUGCACCACCUGUUGCACAGGUUACAAGGGUUGCUAUUAUUUCGGUCACGAUGGCAAGUUUGCCUGUGAAGGAGAAAGUAUUGAACCCAAGGCUUGUACUUUGGAAUGUGACCAUAAAGUUGCUUACAUGACUUGCCCAUCUUCUAAAUUGACCAAACUUAAGCCAGUUUGCGUCAAUUGUUGUACCGCAAAAGCGGGUUGCAAACUCUAUGGUCAUGAUGGAUCUUUACUUUGUACUAGAGAGCUUAACAAUCAUUAAUAAUCCUCAUAAGGGAUCUGAUGCUUUCUAAUCAAUCUAUAAUUAUGUAGUUGUCCAAAGAUGAAAUAAAAGUAUGACGAUAUAUGCAUUGUCAUGCUAAUCUCUGUAAUGUGGCAUUGAAACUUUUCCACAGCUUGCGCAAGAGAUUAAUAAAGCAUUAGUUUCUUUUAAUUACUUCUAAACUCUAGUAUU